CCGAUCGACGCGCCACAGCCGUCAGUCGUGUGUCGGACGUGCAGCGUGACGGAUCGCGGAUGUGAGCGCAGCGUACGCGAAGGAAGAGCAAUUUGGCAGUUGGCAGUCAUCGCGCAACAGCUGCUUCGUACGACUCGCGCCACACCGCUCGCUCGCUCGUCAUAACAUCAUCUUCCAUCCUGACGCGUCGGAGAACAGCACCGAGAAGCGAACGCGACGAAUUACCAUGGCCAAUUUGAGGCAAACACCGUUGACGUGCAGCGGUCACACACGGCCCGUGGUGCAUCUCGCUUUUUCCGACGUCACCGAAUCCGGUUAUUACCUGAUCUCAGCGUGCAAAGAUGGCAAACCUAUGUUGCGACAAGGCGACACUGGAGACUGGAUUGGUACAUUUGAAGGACAUAAGGGAGCGGUUUGGGGUGUAGCGUUAAAUCCACAAGCUACUCGAGCUGCAACUGGAGCAGCUGACUUUAAUGCUAAAGUUUGGGAUGCAAUUAAGGGGGAGGAAGUACAUUCUUUUCAACACAAUCAUAUAGUUAAGUCUGUCAACUUCAGUACAGACUCCAAUAAUCUAUGUACUGCCUCCAAUGAGAAACUAGUGCGCAUUUAUGACCUUAAUAAACCAGAAGAAGCACCGCAGAUCUUCUCAGGUCACACGAGUGGUAUUAGACACGUCACUUUCUUCGACAACAACUCAGCCUUAGUCACUUGCGCAGAUGAUAAGACAUUGAGGGUAUGGGACAGAAAUAGUGGGCAAGAGGUGAAGAGACUAGACUUUCCUGCUAUUCCAAGUUCGAUGGAAGUGUCCAAGGAUGGAAAAAUCAUCACCACUACUCAUUCUAACAUUGUUACAUUCUGGAAUAGCAAGGAAUUAACAAAGAUUAAGGAGUUCACGGUGCCCACACAAGUGAACAGUGCCAGCCUGCAUCCAGAUUGCAGUAUCUUCGUGUGCGGCGGAGAAGAUUUGAAGAUGUACAAAUUCGACUACAGCACUGGCGCGGAAAUAGAAUCGUUUAAAGGACAUUUCGGACCUGUUCAUUGCGUCCGUUUCUCACCGGACGGUGAAUUGUAUGCGAGCGGAUCCGAGGACGGUACACUGAGACUAUGGCAGACCACGGUCGGCAAGACAUAUGGACUGUGGCGUUGCGUUGAGCAGACGCCUGCGAUACAAGAGAACAUUGCCGUGAUUAACAACAAGCAGGAAGUGCCUGCCAAUUAAAAGUAACAAAAAACGUCGCUACGAAGCAGACAAAAAGCUUAUCGGACACACCACAGUGCGCGAACGCGUUCCCCAUCCAAUAAUCGCCCGAGCGACACGCGGACAAGUCUCUUGGACCAAAAUCGAGGAACGAACGAGUGGGAGAAACAUUCGCGUCGCGGACACACUCCCUUUUUUUACGGGUCAUUUUCUACAAUCGGCGGUAAUUGUAAAUAAUAUAAACGGAUCCUAUAUCGGAGCCUACUGCUGGAGAGAGUUCGCCCACUUUCGUCGCGCUAUACACACACACACACACACACACACACACACACACACACAUAUACACAUACAUAUAUCCAGAUAAGGCUAAGAAGGAGCGAGAGGACCAAAUACACGCUUUUCUCUCGAAGAGAGCGCAUCGUCCGAGCGCGGAGGUACGACGGACAUAAUCCUUAUUUAUAUUUACGACCGACGAGAGUAAAAGAGACAUAGAAAGAGAGAAACGGAGGAGAAAAAGAAACAUUAACAUUUAUUAACAUUAUACAGUGUCAUUAUUAUAUAAUACAAAAUUAAGGUAGAGGUGUAACGUGAGAAAAAAAGACAAGUUCGGAACGAACAUCUUAUUCGCA